AUGACCAUAAUUAAUUGUUUGCAGAGCAUUCUGCUGUUAACUGUCGUUGGUUUGCUGAACUUAUCGACAGCCGCACCGGACAGCGCAGGAAUUGUGGAAAUGGUAAAUGGACUGGCGUAUGGUGGAAUCCCGUAUGGAAGUGUAACUGGAAUGGUGGCGAAGUACCCAGGAUUUAUGAGACAGCAAUUUAACUCGAUUCAAGCACGGCCAUUAAACGGAUACGGAGCCAUACAGCCAGUGGUUGUCACUCCAAAUUUUAGGGCCACUAGAUUAGUGGGCGUGCAUCCACAGCCAGUUCAAGUCUUGAAUGUACCGGGUUUAGUAGCUCCUGGCGUUGUCGGCACGAUCAGUCGCAUAGGAUACUAA